UACAGCUGUAUUAGUACAGCUGUAUAGGGCCAGCGCUGCAGAGUGGCCACACUUACAGCAACCAGCGCUGCAAGUGGUGUUAGAUGUGGCCACACUGCAGCGCUGUUGGGCGGCUUCAAGGGGGGUUCCGGGAACGCGAGAGCAAACCGGGAAAGGAGACCCGCUUCGCCGCGGUUUGCUCUCUCGUUCCCGGAGCCACCCAGCAAACCGCAGGGAAGGAGACCUGCUUGCUCGGGGCUCCGGGAACGAGAGAGCAAACCGGGAAAGGAGACCCGCUUCGCCGCGGUUUGCUCUCUCGUUCCCGGAGCCACCCAGCAAACCGCAGGGAAGGAGACCUGCUUGCUCGGGGCUCCGGGAACGAGAGAGCAAACCGGGAAAGGAGACCCGCUUCGCCGCGGUUUGCUCUCUCGUUCCCGGAGCCACCCAGCAAACCGCAGGGAAGGAGACCUGCUUGCUCGGGGCUCCGGGAACGAGAGAGCAAACCGGGAAAGGAGACCCGCUUCGCCGCGGUUUGCUCUCUCGUUCCCGGAGCCACCCAGCAAACCGCAGGGAAGGAGACCUGCUUGCUCGGGGCUCCGGGAACGAGAGAGCAAACCGGGAAAGGAGACCCGCUUCGCCGCGGUUUGCUCUCUCGUUCCCGGAGCCACCCAGCAAACCGCAGGGAAGGAGACCUGCUUGCUCGGGGCUCCGGGAACGAGAGAGCAAACCGGGAAAGGAGACCCGCUUCGCCGCGGUUUGCUCUCUCGUUCCCGGAGCCACCCAGCAAACCGCAGGGAAGGAGACCUGCUUGCUCGGGGCUCCGGGAACGAGAGAGCAAACCGGGAAAGGAGACCCGCUUCGCCGCGGUUUGCUCUCUCGUUCCCGGAGCCACCCAGCAAACCGCAGGGAAGGAGACCUGCUUGCUCGGGGCUCCGGGAACGAGAGAGCAAACCGGGAAAGGAGACCCGCUUCGCCGCGGUUUGCUCUCUCGUUCCCGGAGCCACCCAGCAAACCGCAGGGAAGGAGACCUGCUUGCUCGGGGCUCCGGGAACGAGAGAGCAAACCGGGAAAGGAGACCCGCUUCGCCGCGGUUUGCUCUCUCGUUCCCGGAGCCACCCAGCAAACCGCAGGGAAGGAGACCUGCUUGCUCGGGGCUCCGGGAACGAGAGAGCAAACCGGGAAAGGAGACCCGCUCCGCGGUUUGCUCUCGCGUUCCCGGAGCCACCCAGCAAACCGCAGGGAAGGAGACCUGCUUGCUCUGGGCUCCGGGAACGAGAGAGCAAACCGGGAAAGGAGACCAGCUUGAUUACCAGAGGCUUCCUCCUUCCACGGAGGUCAAGAAAAGCGCUGGUAAGUGUCUACAUUGGAUUACCAGCGCUGGAUCACCAGCGCUGGAUCCUCUACACCCGAGACAAAACGGGAGUACGGCCAGCGCUGCAAACAGGGAGUUGCAGCGCUGGUGGUGCCCUGCAGAUGUGUACACCUUCAAAGUUGCAGCGCUGUAACUCCCUCACCAGCGCUGCAACUUUCUGAUGUAGACAAGCCCACAGUCUGUGCUCGGGCAGUGAUCCCCACC